AGCCCCUCGAAGGUGUUUCUCCUGUGUGUGUUUGUGUGCGUGUGUGUGUGUGAGAGAGAGAGAGAGAGAGAGAGAGAGAGAACUUGAUAGCGAGUGUAGGGCUUCUUGUCAGGAAGAGCACAGGGAGAUCAAAGGCAUGGUGGUCUGGAGUGGCAAGAGGGCCGUCAUCUUGGUCUGGCUUGCCGCCUUGGUGGUGGUGGUGUCCAUGGGAGCCGUCUCGGCUGCUUAUAAGGAUCUCAAGGCUAAGGGAGCACUGGAUCCUGCGUCCACGCACUACAUCGUGCUGGAACCGAGGACAAGGUCGAGGCAGGAACGCUUCUUCUGCCUGGCGAGAGGCCGCUGCCGCUAUAAGACCAUUGAGUGCCCCGCCGAGUGCCCCCAACGGAAGCCCAGGAGGAACAAGGUCUUCAAGGGAUGCUUCGCCGACUGCAGCAGCCGCUGCGAGACCACCUGCAAACAUAGGCUGCCCAACUGCAAUGGGUACGGAUCGGUGUGCUACGACCCCCGGUUCGUGGGCGGCGACGGCCAGAUGUUCUACUUCCAUGGCGCCAAGGGAGGGGACUUCGCCAUAGUGUCCGACGACCAGUUCCAGAUCAACGCCCACUUCAUCGGCAUGCGGCCGGAGGGGAGGCCGCGCGACUUCACCUGGGUGCAGGCGCUGGCCGUCAUGUUCGAGUCCCACUCCCUGGUCGUCGCCGCCCGGAGGGUGGAUAAGUGGGACGACCGCUUCGACGCGCUCGCGGUCCGCUGGGACGGCAAGGAGGUCACGGUGCCCACCGAUGGCGAGGCCGAGUGGCGUGCGCCGACCGGGGGCGAAGGUAAGAAGGGAAGCGGUGGUACCGGGACGAGGGAGGUGGUGGUCGAAAGGACGGGGGAGACGAACAGCGUGAGGGUGACGGUGGCGGGGGUUGUGGAGAUGGACGUGAAGGUGGUGCCGAUAACGGAGGAGGAGGACCGGGCACACGGGUACCGGCUGCCGCCGGGCGACGCCUUCGCGCACCUGGAGAUGCAGUUCAGGUUCGCCGGGCUGACGGAGCGGGUCGAGGGGGUUCUGGGGCAGACCUACCGGGCGGAAUACGUGAGCCCGGUGAAGAAGGGGGUGGCGAUGCCCAUGAUGGGGGGAGAGGACAAGUACCGCACGACCUCCCUCCUCUCCACCAGCUGCCCCUUCUGCCGGUUCCACCCUCCCACCCGCGUCGUCGUCGACGAGUCCGCCGCCGUCGACGUCGCCUAGCACAAGUGUUGUGGCUGCUGCCAUUUUAGCACGACAACUCUACAUGUUAUGUUAUCUCUGUCCACUUUGCUCGGUGUAAUAUGUAAUAAACAAAAUGCUGCUGUUAUUGUUCCUCUUUUUCUCUUAGUAAGAUCCCAUUGUAAUGCAUUUUGUUUCAUGAAUUAUUUCUUCCUCAUUAUCUAUCAAAAUACACUUACACUA